AUGGCAGCCUGCAGAGCAAGAUGUGUACUGCAAUCACUUUCAUUUCGGAAUUUAUCGCAAACAAACCGCUAUUUACCACCAAAAUCUUUCUUCUUAAAACCUCGAAAACAUGUUUAUUAUAAUGAAUAUAUUUUUUUUGGUUCAAAUGCAAAAUCGUCCUUGAAACCUGUGAAAGAAAAUUCUAGAAGACUUCUGACAGCACUUGGCAUUGGCGGUGGAACAUGUCUACUGUCUGCAUUCACAGUUUACGCUUACACUCCUGGUGACGGCAAAGAUAACAGUAUUUCAUUUGCUGUAAGAAGAGGAGACCUCUAUGCACUUGCCAGUUUAAUAAAAGGAGGUGUUGAUGUAAACCAACGGCAUGAAUUUGGAUGGACCCCUCUGCAUGUUGCUGCUAUCAAUGGAAAUUUACAGGCUGUACUGAAGCUACUUGAGGGCGGAGCUGACCCAAAUCUUGAAGAUGAGUUCAGCAGCAUUCGGCAGAUGGCCAAAGAGAAGGGUGUUCACCCAAUACAUGUGCACAACAUACGUGAGACUGAGUUCAGCAAUCGCUUGAACGUGAAUGCCAAUUGCCGUGGAUGUACAGCCCUACAUUAUGCUGCCAUGCUUGAUGAUGCUAGAAUUAUAAAACUGCUGCUGGAUGCAGGAGCUGACCCGACCAUGGAGAAUGCCAAUGGUCAUAAGGCUGAGAUGUACGUCAAGUCACCAACCAACAAACAACUGUUAGCAGAGGCAGAAAAGAAGUUUCGAGUGGAGCAUGAAAAGCUUGCUGCGGAGGAGCGGAGGAGGUUCCCUCUGGAGCAGCGAUUGCGAGAGCACAUCAUUGGCCAGGAGGGGGCAAUCAACACAGUCGCUGCUGCAAUCCGGCGUAAGGAGAAUGGUUGGUAUGAUGAAGACCAUCCGCUUGUGUUUCUCUUCCUUGGCUCCUCCGGAAUAGGCAAAACUGAAACUGCGAAACAGGUGGCCAGAUACUUACAUAAAGAUGUUAAAAAGGGAUUCAUUCGACUGGAUAUGUCAGAAUAUCAAGAGAAACAUGAGGUUGCCAAGUUUAUUGGUUCCCCGCCUGGUUACGUGGGCCACGAGGAAGGGGGUCAGUUGACUAAAUUACUCAAGGAGAACCCACGAGCUGUUGUGCUGUUUGACGAGGUGGACAAGGCCCACACAGAUGUCCUCACAAUCAUGCUUCAACUGUUUGAUGAGGGUCGGUUGACAGACGGUAAAGGAACGACUAUUGAGUGUAAGGAUGCUAUCUUUAUCAUGACUUCAAACCUUGCCUCUGAUGAGAUAGCAGAGCACGGCCUUGAACUGAGAAAAGAGGCGGAGAGUAUCUCAAAACAACGCCGAGCUGGGAAACUAGAUGAGCUUGACAGUGAGCAGGCUAUAACAGUUUCCCGAGGCUUCAAGGAUUAUGUUGUCAGACCGAUACUUAAGAGACAUUUUCGAAGAGAUGAAUUUCUUGGCAGAAUAAAUGAGUUUGUGUACUUUCUGCCAUUCUCUAAAUCAGAGAUCAGUAAACUUGUGAUCAAAGAACUCAAGUUUUGGGCCCAAAGGGCAGAGAAGAAACAUGAGAUGGAGCUGAUCUGGGACCACGCGGUAGUGGACGCCCUGGCUUACGGCUACGAUGUGCACUAUGGAGCUAGGUCGCUCAAGUAUGAGGUUGAGCGACGUGUGGUCUCCCAGCUGGCCAUGGCCCACGAGAGACAGCUCAUAGAGAAGGGUAGUGUGGUACGCCUCACUGUGCCUGACACCCCGGUAACUAUAGCAACAAGUGCGGACGGGGAUGGAAAAGAUGAGGUCAGUGAGGAGGGGAAGGAGAUGGUCACACCUAUUAAACUACAGCUCGUAAAGAAAGGCCGUCUUCGGGACAAGUACUAUGUUGACAUUGACCUUUCCAAGUCAGAUAAUCCUUUCACUACAGAAUGACAAGCUGUGAUUCUUUUACAUAACUUUAAGGAUUUGGACCACUGAGAUAGGAAUAUCAUUGUGAAUGGUCAAUUUGUUACUGGAAGUUUUUACAAGCAUAUUUCUUGAAUUGUUAUGCAUUUUCUUAAGUGAUUAUUCAGUGAAUACACUGUAAUGCUGUUUUCAUGAGAUUCAUGAAUGAUUUGCAUUUUAUCUGAUGCCAAUGGUUUAUUGCGACGAUUCAAUGCAAAACGAUUUAUUGUAGGCAAAUAUAUGCAGCACUGAACACUGGACUCAUUUUUGCUUUGUACUGAGUAUCAAAGUCCAAUAUACAGAAUGAACAACUGCAAUUUUACAAUAAGACUGCAUCUGUUUUCAAAAGUACUAUUUUGUUAUCAUCAUUCAGUAGUCUGAUGUGCAAAUUACAUGUUUGAUCUUCAAAAUAUACUUACUAUUUCAAACAAUUUGCCGUCUGUUUUCAAACACGUUAGUCUAUAAAGCCGCUAAAUUGACCUGCAAUCAGCCAAAUGUUUUUUUAUUGUGAAGUCAACAUCAGGAUUGUUUCAGUUUUGAUGAAAUAAUAUGUUUUGUACUGUAUAACCUUUAAGUCCAUAUUGGCUGAAAUACUUUGAAAUAUUAAAAUGGGAGGAAAAUAG